AUGGCGCAGGUGGACAGCGAGGACCUUCCGAAGUACAUACCAAAAGCGGAAGUAUGCACAGCAAAAGCAUCGUACUAGUACUAUAAAUCGCGUGACAAAUUUUCUCAGGAGCAUGUUGAGAAACGAAAUUUGUAAUGCGGAUUCAACCUAUUAACAAAGAAACUUGCCAUGCAUAAAUGCAAUUAGUACGAGUACGAUACUUUUGCAAUGCAUAGGCGGCCAAGACCGACAACGACGUUGCGCUGAACACGAAGAAGCAGAUCGCGAACGCCAUCACCCCCUAUCAAAUGUAUAAUUUGUCUGGGUCGGGAUGAAAUUUGUGAUGCUAAUAUGCGUAUGUUGAAAAGACUCACUGCACGAACGCAUGACAAGUUUGCAGCGCGCUUUAUUCUGAUACGAACUCCGCAUUUUUGGAAACUGCGUUUCUGUAUGACAUGUGAGGCUGCCGCUGCCACUUAUUUUGUUGGUCAUGGCUCAGUACAGAUGUCACAGGAAUGUAAAGCCGACUUUCCCGACCCAGGCAAAUUUGCAAUGCAUACCCCCUACCACCUCGCGAUCCUCCAUGCGCAACGGCUGGAGCAGGCGAAAAGGCAACAAGCGGAGAGGCUGGUAGAGCGGAUGAAGAAAAUGAAGGGCGAGUCCGAAUGGUAUGCGCAGUACGCUAUCAACUGUAAAAAUGUCUGGGUCUGGAAGAAUCCAACUUGUCAUGCUGAUUUUGGAUUCUAAAAAAAUCUGUAUUGCAUGAGCAGCAAAGAGAGUCCAAAUUUUGCAGCACGGGAAGAGCAUUUGUCAUGCGGUAUAGGCAUCAGGAAGCCCUCGCAAAAUCUGUGAUGCUAGGGCAUGCAUCACAGACUUGAGGAGUCAUGCAAAAUGAGCAUGACAAACUGGCAAUCUUCCAGACCCAGACAUUUUUACACUUGAUAUACGCGAUCCAGAUGCAAAACCGCGGGUUGACCAAGAAGGCGCAUGAGAUCAUGGCGUACGCGCGCGUAUCAAAAGGAAAAAUCCCCCCUCCCCAUAUCGAAAUGGAAAUCUGUGAUGCAGGAUUUGGGUACACAAAUCGGAUUUGUCUUGCAGUAAGGCAUCGCAGCCAGAUCCUCGGCCUAGGUAGGGGCGUAUAGGUCUAGUUGCUUAGCAUUGCAAACGGGUGCCCCCUAGGCGCAGCAGCAUGCCAAACCGUUUCCAUAAUGGUGCGGAAGCCUCUGCGCCUGUCUUCUUGCAAGACAGACGUGAUUUGUGACCUCAAAUCAGCAACGCAAAUUUUCAGAAACAUACCUUUUCGAUGUGGGGAGGGGGGAUUUUUCACUUUGAUAGCGCGGGCUCAUGCACCAGGCGGCGAACCUGCAGAAGCGCAGCGGGCUGAUGAGCGAGCAGGCGGACAGCUAUCCUGUGUAAAAGUAUCGUACUACGUAUAAAUCGCAAUACAAAUUAGCUCCGCAUUUCACACUUAAAUUUGUAAUUCUGAUUUACCUUAACAGCUAGAUUUGUAAUGCAUACCUGCAAGUACUACGAGUACGGUACUUUUGCACAGGAUAACAGCGUGGCAGCGACGAUUCCCGGCAUCCAAGCAAAUGAAGCAGUAUGGCGUUCUCAAUAAACGUGACACUCUCAACUGUAGUUACACGAAUCUGUGAUGCAAGAGCAGCAAAAAUGAAAGUGGGAAGUAGAUUGCGCGUUUUGCAUUACAGAUUAUCUUCAUGCUGGGUAGCCCUGCUUCGAGAAUCUGUCGUGCUCAGCAGCUUGGUCAACGGGAGGCUGCUGGCAAUUUUGCAUGACAAAUCCGUGUAACAGUUGAGAAUGUAACAGUUGAGAUUGCCAUAAGCAGACAUGGCAGCGUAUGUGAAGACCAUGGAAGACGCGAAAAUAUCUUCGAAUUAUCCUGCGCAAAAGUAUCGUACCCGUACUACUUGCAGUUAUGCAUUACAAAUCUAG